CCGCAAUCUCUCAAAAAAAAAAAAAAAAAACAAGGGAAGAAAGGUUCGGAGAGAGGCAGGCAGCAUGUCGAAGCUGGUGGUGUUGCAGCCCACAAAGCAGCCUUCCAUCCCCCUCCUCCCUUCCUCUCUCUCUGACUUCAGUGGCACAAAACUCUGUCAAAUUCAGUACAAAAGAAAGGUAUGGCAGCCAAAAGGAGCAUUGCAUGUUGCAGCAGCUAGCACCAAGAAAAUUCUUGUAAUGGGAGGCACCCGGUUCAUUGGUAUAUUUUUGUCAAGACUCCUUGUGAAAGAGGGACAUCAGGUUACUUUGUUUACCAGAGGUAAAGCGCCAAUUACCCAACAAUUGCCUGGUGAACCAGACAGUGAGUACUCCGAUUUCAAAUCCAAGAUCUUGCAUUUGAAAGGAGAUAGAAAGGACUUUGAAUUUGUGAAAUCCAGUCUCUCUGCUGAAGGUUUCGAUGUGGUCUAUGAUAUAAAUGGUAAUGUAGAUUUUUAUUUGUCCACUCUUUCCACUGGGAUAGAACUGUUCAUCAAUAUAUCACAAAACAUACUUUUUGUUUCAAGUAGAGAAUAUUUCUUGCUACAAUUUUCAGGACGAGAGGCAGAUGAAGUUGAACCCAUACUGGAUGCACUCCCAAAUCUAGAACAGUACAUAUACUGCUCCUCAGCUGGUGUCUACCUCAAAUCUGAUCUUUUACCACAUUGUGAGACUGAUGCUGUUGAUCCAAAGAGUAGGCACAAGGGAAAGCUUAACACAGAGAACUUACUGGCUUCCAGGGGUGUUAAUUGGACUUCUUUAAGGCCAGUCUACAUAUAUGGACCUUUGAAUUACAAUCCUGUUGAAGAAUGGUUCUUUCACCGUCUGAAAGCAGGUCGCCCUAUUCCAAUUCCCAACUCUGGAGUACAAAUAACCCAACUUGGUCAUGUAAAGGACUUGGCCAAGGCUUUCAUCCAGGUUCUUGGUAAUGAAAAAGCCAGCAAGCAGGUAUUCAACAUUUCGGGAGAAAAGUAUGUCACUUUUGAUGGAUUAGCAAGGGCAUGUGCCAAGGCUGCUGGAUUUCCUGAGCCUGAGAUUGUUCACUACAACCCCAAGGAGUUUGACUUCGGUAAAAAGAAGGCAUUCCCAUUCCGUGAUCAGCAUUUCUUUGCAUCAAUUGAAAAGGCAAAGCACGUGCUCGGAUGGGAACCUGAGUUUGACCUGGUGGAAGGACUUGCAGACUCGUAUAACCUAGAUUUUGGCAGGGGAACAUACAGGAAGGAGGCUGAUUUCUCAACCGAUGACAUGAUUCUUGGCAAAAGCCUUGUGCUCCAGUCAUAGGAUUAUUCAUCUCAUCGCUGUAUAAAAUUUUGCCUUGUCAUUUUCUCCGUUAAGUUUCCCCUCAAGUUCAUAUAGAAAAUGUUUGAAUGAUAUUGUUUUCCAUCAAUUUGGAAUGUGGAAUUGUAGCAAUCCAAGUUGUAUCAGUUCUUUUCUGGCAACUAAGGCUAUCA